GAAACAGAUUUUACACAUUUCUUUUUUUUUUAAAAAAAAUCACUUGUAAUGAAAGAAGUGUGAAUCUAUGGAAAGAUGAAAUUCAAUUAAAUUCUUUGAAACGAUAAUGAAUAACUUGAAAAUUCAAGCGAAAUCAUCUUCAUCUUCUAAUAACUACAAUUCUGAUAGAGCAGUAGCAUUAAAACAGCAUUUGGAUAAUUUACAUAAACUAAUAGUUACUAACUUCUCUAAUUUCGUCAAUCAGUAUGAAGAAGAACAAACAACUGAAUGGAUUAAACAUUUGAAUAAAUCCAAUCAAAUUAUUGACUAUAAAACUCCUUCAUAUGACUGUCUUUACAAGUACACUCUAAAUGGUAUAUUAACAAAAGAAAUAAAACCUACAGUGAAAUCCUCUGAAAGUAAUCCACAAACCGAUGAGAAGCAAAUUAAUGACUCUAUAAAUAACACCAUAGAUGAAUCAGAAAGAAAUAAACCACAUUACUCUAUUGAUAUGAGUCAGUUUACUUUAGCACCUUUAUGGUCUUCUGAAGAUAUUUUCGAUAAUUAUAGUGAGAAUGAAAUAGACAAGGAAAGUACAAUAAGUGAACAACUUUCAAAGAAACUACUAUUUCAUGAAGUCAUGAAUACAACUAGGACAUUAAUCGAUAUUUAUAAAGACAAAUGUACGAAACUGAAAUGUAAUGCAAUAAAAUCUGUUAUUAAUCGGUUAGAAAAAUUAUGUACAACAAAAUAUAUAAAUUUUUCAGAAUUACACUUAAGCAAGUUAAAAUUUCAACCAGUGAGUAACUUAUUGAAGGAGUGUAAUGAAUUGGAAAUAUUGGAUCUGAGUUAUAAUAAUUUUGAAAAUGAUGGAAUCAUAUUAGUGAAAUAUUUACUAGAAGAAUUUGCAUUUCUUAGACAUAUCAACCUUUCUGGCAAUCAUUUGAAUCAAGAAGCUUUCGUUUUGCUGCAAUCGAUACUAACUAAAAACACUCAAAUGGAUACAUUAAUUUUGAAAGAUGCAAGAAUAAACGAUACUGGUGCAGUCAUGAUCGCUAGUGGUUUAAGAACAAAUACACGUUUAAAAAUGUUAGAUCUAUCGAAAAAUCUUAUACGGUGUGAAGGAGCUUUAGAGAUUGCUAAAGUCUUAGCCAACAGCAUUAAUUUACAAUGGCUCAGUUUACACUGGAAUCAAAUAUAUUCAAGUGGAGCCUUUGAAUUUGGAAAUUCAUUAGAGUGCAACAAGUCACUUUUGUACUUAGAUCUUUCAUGGAACGGAUUUAAUGGAAAAUGUCUGGAAAAUCUUGGCAAAGGUUUGAGUCGAAAUUGUCAUUUAGAGGAAUUAAACUUGAAAUAUAAUCGUAUUGAUUUAAAAACUAUUAUCUCAUUUGUAGAUUGUUUAUACACAAAUAAAUCCUUAAAGAAAUUAUGUCUUGGUUUCAAUCCAUUGACAAUGGCAGGUAUUCAUGAAUUAAUUCAUGUAAUUGAAAACUCAACACAAUGUAUUCUUGAAGAAUUAGAUUUAGAAGGGUUGACAAUUAAUGAAAACAUUUUACAACAAGUACAUCGUAUUAAUCGCAAACGACAUUUCGUAUUAAAAGUCGCCAAAUGUAUCAGGUGGGAACCUCGUCAAGGAAAAUACAGUAAAACAGAUCCAGUGACAUUUUUAAUAAAUUACCUCAGUAGACAUGGAAUGCGUUUAUUAGAUUUAUACCAUUUGUUAGAUCCUCAACAAACUGGAGUGAUAAGUGAAGCUCAAUUCACAGAAAGAAUGAUCAAAAAUCACAUUCCGUUAAAUCCUGAGGAUCUCAAAAUACUGAUUAAUUAUAUUGAUUCAGAGAGAACUGAUAAAAUAACUUAUAAAUUUGACAAUUUACAAUCAUUUUUGUUAUACUUCGACAUUUAUUGUAUUUCGAUGGAAUAUUUGUGUUCUUCACGAGAACAUACGGUAAUAGGAGCUUCUGGGAAUAUUUAUUUUAUAUUUACGUACUAUCAUUAGACAGUUUCACAGUUGACUUUCAGACUUGUUAACAUUAUAGUACAAAGUGACGUUCACCUUAAUAACUCCAUUGUUAUAAGAUAAUAAACUGCUUGCAAGCCGAAUUUAUUUUUUUCGAAUCAGUGUUGGUGAACAAUUACGAAUUAAAGCAACUGAAUUGUCAAAGCAUCAAUUAGAUCAACACAGAUUAUUUGUACGUCCAGAAGGACCAGAUAUAAUUGACAAACCACCAAAAGGAUUUCCUUCUAAAACAAAAAGAUCCGUUGCUAAUUCAAAAAAACAAUUAUCCAAAACGCCAAACGCAAACCUUAUGACGGAUCUAAGUAAAAGUAGCCGAAACUGUGCAAACGGUCAAGAAAAAGUGUAUCCGAAAGCAAUUUCUAGUGACAAGUUGCAGGAAGAAAAAAAUGAUCUGCCCAUAAAUUUUACAGAAAUUUUGAAAGCAGAAGAGAGCAAACCUAAUUGUGCAUCCAUCAUAACUAAAGUAUCUAGCUAUGAUUCAGGUGAAAUUUUAGACCGAAUGAAAAAGUUGGAUCAUGGGAGUACAUCAGAUAAACGUAAACCUUUAAAUAUACCGAAAUACAAAGAUUUCGGUAAACCAAUUAACGAAACUACAAUUAAUUCCAAACUUCAUGUUAUUCCAAUAACUGAAGUUUUCAACAAGAAAUAUUUUCAAGAUUUUCUUUAUUCGUAAUUCAUACGCAAAAAUUUAAAACGGUUAUGACACACAAACUAAAUUAAUCAUGAUUCGCGUUUCGCAAAUACCUUAAACGUUUUCCUGUAUGUUGAACGAAUAAAUCAUCUGUCUGCUCGAAGCUCUUUAAUAGCUAACUGUAUAAACAUAAUAAUUAUCAAAAGGUUUUCACAUUUAAUUAGAUUCAUAACCUAAUUAAGCCUGUUACCCUCUUGGAAUGUAGGCCAUAGACCAUAAAUCUCCAACCAUAUCGGUCUUAAACUCUCCUUGUCAAUCGUUGCAAAGUCUUAUUCAUGUUUUGACAUUCGUCUCCGUUUCCCGAUGUCAUCCGGUUUUUGCCGGCC